AGUUUUCACUGUAAAACAAUAUCUGUGUAAAGGAUUAAUGGCAUUUUUUGCUGCUAAAAAGGAACCAGUCCGCUCUGAUUGUACAUUAUAAACGCCGAGAUGAACUCAAAGAGACUUAAAAACAUUACGGCCCGCCAAACAUCCACCUGUCCCAAGCUUCCAAAAAAAUCAUUCAAGAGCUCUGAAAACUACAUAGAGAGGAUGCCACCAGAGGUCCUUGAGAAAAUUAUUUCAUAUUUGGAUGUUGGAUCUCUUUUCUGCCUUGGCUUCGUCAACAAGCGUUUCCACGAACUGGCUGACAACAAUGCCGUGUGGUAUCGCUUUUACACCUGGCAGCGAGCAAAAACGAAGACAUCCAGGCUAAUAAAGGAUGUGACAGAUGGAGUGGACAUGGCCAGAAUUCAGGAAAAGCCUAAGGGAUACUGGAGGAGAAUUCUCUUUAAAGAACUGGCCAUCCAUAAUGAGAGCUGGAAGAAAAAACUCAAAUCCAUUCAUUCCUACACUGGACUGCCAGUUCGAACAGCUGAAGUCCUCAGGAGUUUAGAUGUCAUGUGGGAGAUUACAGUGAAGAAAGAAAGAGGACGUGAGAACAGAAUUAAACACACUCAUGUUUACUUCGGCGAAGCCUCUCUGACUGUUGUCUGGAGUUCAGGAAACUGGCCAACUCUGGAUAAACCUGCAACACUAGAGCUGCAUGGAGUAAAGCUUGUGCCCAUUAACUGUCCAAUCACAUGCAGACCAGGCUGGAGAUCCCUCCUAAGUAAAGUUGUGGUGAAGAAGGAUGGUGGGAAACUGUACGGUUCAGACAGACUCAUCUCUUUGCUGUACAUCGAGAAUGGUGUAACUGUGGGGGUUUGGCAGAAUCAACAGGAAAUUGCAUUUGUCCUAGUAAACUUACAUUAUCACAGACUUGUGGAAAGACAUCUUCUGGGGUCCUCCACUACUCCGUAUGAGGCAACAGAAGUGCAAGCCACUUUUGAUGACAUUGAUCCUGAUUAUGGCUUGCAUAGCUACAACAUGCACCUUGAGCUGCACAACACAGAAGACAGCAUUGCGUCAGUGAGCUUUUCACAGCUGUUCUGCAAGAAAGAUCAGAUUGCUGAUGGUUAUGUCUCUUUGCAAGUUAUCAGUAAGCAAAACAGAUCACGACAAACUCCUGUGUGUGGUAAAAUCAGCCUGCCUUGGAGGACCGAGGCACUACAGGGACACAUAGAGAACUGUUGCAUGUUGACUCUCACUGUUCUUGCUGAAGCCCAGACACCGUUUUGGUGUGUUAGUGCUCCUGUAUCCAUGACUAAAUCAAAGCACAAGGAAGUGUCGUAUGACUGUAAAGGAGAGAGCUUCUUUGUGGAAUAUCAGGACUCUGAUGGAAAGCUGGAGAUUGAGCUGGAGUGGAUGGAGGAACAGAAACAGUUUGUCAUUGUUAAUUUAAUCCUUUUUCUUUCCGUUAGCAAAGUAAACAGGUACUUUAGAAGGGAUUAUUGAUACUCAUGGACAUUUUACCUUGUUAAGUAAUU